CUCAGCCGUGCGGGGGCCGCCUGAACUCCAAGGAUGCCGGCUACAUCACCUCCCCGGGGUACCCCAAUGACUACCCCUCCCACCAGAACUGCGAGUGGGUCAUCUACGCCCCUGAAUCCAACCAGAAGAUUAUCCUUAACUUCAACCCUCAUUUUGAAAUCGAAAAGCACGACUGCAAGUACGACUACAUCGAGAUCCGAGAUGGGGACAGUGAAGCGGCAGACCUGCUGGGCAAGCACUGUGGGAACAUAGCACCUCCUACCAUCAUCUCUUCUGGCCCCUCUCUCUAUAUCAAGUUCACCUCGGACUACGCACGGCAAGGUGCCGGCUUUUCCCUGCGCUACGAGAUCUAUAAGACAGGCUCUGAGGACUGCUCCAGAAACUUCACUGCUUCCAAUGGCACUAUUGAGUCUCCAGGUUUCCCUGACAAGUAUCCACACAACCUAGACUGCGUCUUCACCAUCAUAGCCAAGCCGAAGACAGAAAUCCUCCUCCACUUCCUGCUCUUCGACCUCGAGCACGACCCGCUGCAGGCAGGGGAAGGAGACUGCAAGUACGACUGGCUGGACAUCUGGGAUGGCAUCCCUCAGGUUGCCCCCUUGAUAGGCAGGUACUGUGGCACUAAGAUGCCGUCGGACAUCCGCUCAACCACUGGCGUCCUCUCGCUCACCUUCCACACAGACCUGGCAGUGGCUAAAGACGGUUUCUCUGCUCAGUACUACUUGAUCCAGCAGGAAGUCCCAGAAAACUUCCAGUGCAACGUGCCGCUGGGGAUGGAGUCUGGCAGGAUCUCCAACAUGCAGAUCAGUGCCUCCUCCACCUACUCAGAUGGGCGAUGGACUCCUCAACAGAGCCGGCUCAACAGUGAUGAUAACGGCUGGACCCCCAACGUAGACAGCAACAAAGAGUACCUCCAGGUGGACCUCCACUUCUUGACAGUGCUCACAGCCAUUGCUACACAGGGUGCCAUCUCCAGAGAAACCCAGAAUGGCUACUAUGUCCGUACCUACAAGCUGGAGGUCAGCACCAAUGGGGAGGACUGGAUGAUGUACCGACACGGGAAAAACCACAAGACGUUUCAGGCCAAUGAGGACAGCACAGAGGUGGUUCUCAACAAAAUCCACAGCCCGGUGCUCACACGCUUCGUGCGCAUCCGUCCCCAGAGCUGGCACAACGGCAUCGCCCUGAGGCUGGAGCUGUAUGGCUGCCGCAUCACCGAUUCACCCUGCUCCAACUUGCUGGGAAUGCUUUCUGGCCUCAUCCCUGACUCACAGAUCUCGGCCUCUUCCAUCAGAGGCUACGACUGGUCUCCCAGCAUGGCCCGCCUGGUGAGCAGCCGCUCAGGCUGGUUUCCCCGCGUCCCCCAAGCCCAGCCUGGGGAGGAGUGGCUGCAGGUGGACCUUGGUGUACCGAAGAAUAUCAAAGGCGUCAUAAUCCAGGGGGCUCGCGGAGGGGACAGCGUGACCACCACUGAGUCCCGCUCUUUCGUGAAGAAGUUUAAGGUGGCCUACAGCAUGAAUGGAAAGGACUGGGACUUCAUCCAGGACCCCAAAACAAUGCAAGCCAAGCUUUUUGAAGGCAACAUCCACUACGAUAUUCCUGAAGUCCGGAGGUUUGACCCUGUUCCUGCCCAGUAUGUCCGAGUGCACCCAGAGAGGUGGUCCCCAGCAGGAAUAGGAAUGCGCCUGGAGGUGCUGGGCUGCGACUGGACAGAUGUAAAGCCCACUGCAGAGACGCUGGUGCCCACUUUGAAGAGUGAAGAAACCACCACCCCAUACCCAACUGAUGAAGAGGCAACCGAGUGUGGCGAUAGUUGUGGAGAAGAGGAGGAUUUCCAUCUCCCUGCAAACUUCAACUGCAACUUUGAUCCCCCUGAAGACCUCUGUGGUUGGUCACAUGACUUGGCAACGGGUUAUACGUGGUCUUUUCAGCCUACAAGCACCUGGAUUGGCAACUCUGAAGCAAGCCCUGAGACUGUGCCUGACAGCAAGAAUUACCUGCAGCUCCAAAGCAACGGAAGGAGGGAAGGCCAGCGAGCCCGGCUCAUCAGCCCCACCAUCUAUCUGCCCCGGAGUGCUGUCUGCAUGGUCUUCCAGUACCAGGCGUGGGGCAGCAAUGGGGUGAUGCUGCGGGUCUGGCGGGAAGCCAGCCAGGAGCACAAGGCGCUGUGGGUCAUCAUGGAGGACCAAGGGGAGGAGUGGAGGGAAGGCCGCAUCAUCUUGCCAAGCUAUGACAUGGAGUACCGGAUUGUGUUUGAGGGAUAUAUACGCAACGGACACUCGGGAGAGCUCGCCCUUGAUGACAUUCGGCUAGGCACCGACAUCCCGCUGGAGAACUGCAUGGAACCCAUCACAGCUUUCCCAGUGAACUUCCCAAGAAUGGAGGAUGACUUUCCAACCUCUGAGCAAGACUUUGAAGACAACGAUGGUUCAGAUUACUUUGGAUUGGAUAGGAACGACACACUAUUCUCUACUAACUCUCCAGGAACCUCAAAGCUGGACAAAGAAAAAAGCUGGCUCUACACCCUGGAUCCCAUCUUGGUGACCAUUAUAGCGAUGAGCUCCCUCGGUGUCCUUCUCGGGGCCAUCUGUGCCGGUCUGCUCCUCUACUGCACGUGCUCGUAUGCUGGGCUAUCCUCACGGAGCUCCACCACGCUGGAGAACUACAACUUCGAGCUGUACGACGGCAUCAAGCACAAGGUCAAGAUGAACCACCAGAAGUGCUGCUCAGAGGCCUGAUGGGUGCCCUGGGGUUCACCCUCGGUGUUGCACCCGGUGAGGUGGGCUGGCAGGGGGGUUACAUUUUUUGCUGUUUUCUAUGGGAACUGAAUGCCAUAACAGGGAGCGAGGGGCGCGGGAGGAGCGAGGGGAGGCGCUGCUCCUGCUGCCAGGUCCCGCCGGCGGGUUGCGCUCCACCAGGACCGAGCAGGCGUUCCUGCAAACUGGACUGUGCCGG